AUGUCGGGCUCAGAUUCAGUACAGAAGAGUGAGGCGGCGGGAGCCCACGCCCCAUGGUGGCAAACACCAUGGAAAACUAUGGCUGACCUAGCCGAAGCGGUUGACGACCUCAUAUGUAGUUUUGACUAUAUGGACACAGCAAUGGACAAUCUAGUGAUGCUUAUUUUCAUAUGGAUCCUCUUUUCCAUUGUCAUCCUUGGGAUUGCAAAAUGGGCGUACGGGAGGUUCAGUACAAAAGCCGUAGAGGAGAAGGUCGAAAAGCCGAAGCCGACCGAAGACACGAAGAAAACAGCGAACGAAAUAAUUACAAGUGCGGAUAGCGUAUUGGCUACUAGCGCUAAAAUUAAGAGCGGGUCUUUCAAACCAACGAAACCAACUGGUUUCGUGCCUGCAACGCCGCCUGUUAAUAAGAAAAGAUUAGGGCGUAUGUCCCCAGGCCCUGAACAGUUAUCGUUGAAGAAACACCAAAGUAUCAUAAUCCCUACCUGUACAGGUGCUGAUGCUCCCAGCGUCCAGUGGGUAAACGAGUUAUUGACGUGGUUAUAUAAUGAUCUUGUUAUUGUGAAUGAACUUGUGCAGCAAUGGAUUGUAUCUAUGAACGAGUUCUCCAAAAAAUCUGUGGAAGAGCAAGGUGUCGGGGUCGAGUUAGUGCGCGCGUUGGACAGCAACCCACCAAACAUUAACAAUGUGUUCUGCGAGUGUGACUCUAGGGAUGACGUGACUAUAACCUGUGAUUGCGAAGCGACUCCCGCCUUCCAGUUGAAAGCGUUCAGUCAACGCGGUGAGAAAGUAGAAGUGUCCCAUUACAGAGUCAAUGUUAACAAAUUCCGCGCACGUCUUCACAUAGUGUGUGUAACAGACAAACUGACAGGCGAAUUGAAAUGCGACGGAUGGCCUGACGUCAAAAUUGCGCUCGCACCAGUCGGCCCCUUACGGCCUAAUGCCGCUGAAUCUGACUUACAACAACUUGUUAGUGAUAUAGUAGUAAGUGCGUUACGAAGCACACAACUAAACUUCAACUUCGCACACUACCCCACGUGUCCGAGACUGCGGAGAUAUGUUCAUGAUACUGGACCAAGACUGCCCUUGCAUUAUGAUUCUAUGUUACAAUCAGACCGUGGUAUGUACACGUCGACCCCAAAUUCAACUGCGGGUUGCAUACAAUUGUUGGGGGAAAAGCGCUUACUUGUUAAAGUUGUCGGAGCUAAAGAUAUUGGAGGUAAAAGCGGUUGUGUAGCGCCGUACUGUGUGGUUGAAAUGGACGAACCGCCUCAAAGAAACCAAACUGCCUUCAAAAAGGACACUAUUAACCCCGUGUGGGAAGAACAUUUCCUUUUCGACCUUUCACCACAAACAGCGGAACUGCUCUUCGAAGUGUAUGACCGUACCGGUCCUCCCUCUCCUGGCAACACCACCACUCAACAUAGAUUUUUAGGUCUAGGUCUGGUCGGAAUAGAUGAACUAUUAGCGGCUCCUUCACAAAGACAACAAAUAGGUCUCCAGACCAGACCCAUGGAAGAGCACGAUGUGAGCGGCAGCUUGACCGUUGAAUUCCUAUUCAUAGAAGGUGCAGACAUACCAGAUAUAGGAUCCAAACCGUUCAAAAUAAAAGAGAGUUUACGCACAGUUUCGCCUCAAGGCCGACUCACAACUACCACUAAGACCACUUUCCAACAAAACGGCCAUGACCCAAGUCAACUAACAGAAUCAGCUCUGCGAGAACUAGAAUUGAGCCCUACGAGUGCUGCCAACAAAUCCACACUCAUCAUACAUUCUGUACAACGGGAGCCGAAAUCAAUUAAGGUGGAAUUAACGGAUUCUGGAAAAUUCAUCGAAGUUGAAAGAGAAGAUACAGAUAAUAAUUACAUAGACAAAGACACAGACAACAUAGACAAGAGCAUAAGCAAAACGUCCACACCAAACCAAUCUCCCGCCAAAAGUGUAAGGAUAAAAGAAAAUGGCGCCAAGCCAAAUGGCGAUGCUGAUACGCAAGGCGAUUACGUGAGUAAGAAUCAAGAGACCCCCCCGGAGCCCGCGCCGAGGAAGAAACGGCGGGACUUCUUUGGCACUAUUAAGAGAAGAUUAGGUAGAUCCCGCACCCGCGGCCAGUCGUUAGACCUGCAGGACCCGGAACUGGAAAACCAACGCAUUCGCAGUGUUAGCGCCGAACGAAAUAGUCUUGACAAAGCGCUAACUCUGCCUAAUCGCAACGUGUACUCGGCCGGGGCUUCCCCCGCGCAGUCCGGCGACGAGUCCAGGACUUCCCGGAGAUCAUCCCUCAGUGAAGUCUCUGGAUUCAGUACAGCAUCAGCUCGGACCUUCAUUCAUGAAGCAUCAACCCUCGUCCUGGAGACCAUUGAAGCGGGCAUCAAGAAACAUUACUUGGUUCCUCUCACUGUAGCCCAGAGAUCAAGAUGGCGGCGGAAGGGAGUCAAACUGCAUAUAUACAAUGAACACACUUUCAUCGCUAAACAUCUUAGCGGCGGCACGGUGUGCACCGUGUGCAACAAGACGAUAGCGCGCCGCCUCGGCAAGCAGGGCUACGAGUGCCGCGACUGCGGCCUGCGCUGCCACAAACACUGCCACGUGGCCGUGCCCGGGCGCUGCGAGCGCUCCACCGUGCACGACAUGGAGCUGGCUUACAUUUCGUCUCCGUACACGGACAAAAAUAUAAGAAUGCUG